UAUCUCACUAGUUGUCUAUAUGUACCCUGUAGAACCGAAUUUGUGUCUAAAAAUAAAAACCACAAAUACGUCUCUACAGGAAUACAUGGGCGACUUGAAAGCCACGAAACAGGGUUGGUUUUAUUCGUUCUCUCUCUCUCUCUCUCUCUCUCUCUCUCUCUCUCUCUCUCUCUCUCUCUCAAAACGGCGCAGACACUAUUCAUAAUUAAUGGACCCUUAUUACACUGAUGUGUUUACAUUCAUUCUUGCAAAGAUAAGAAUAGGAUGACUGAAGAUAGUGUGUGGGAUCAUAUCACUUGGAAAAAAAAAGGAAAAAAAAACUAAACGUGCAGCCUGAACACGUGGGUUGUGUUUUCAAUUGUCUAAAGAAUGAUUUAGAGUUUUUAUAGUUCAAUAAAACCCUGAAGUCUCCCAGCCAAAACCAUUCACAAUUCUUUUGUGGCCAAUCUAUAAACACCACCACUAAGAUACAAUUUCUACAGCUAAUGAAAUACUACCAACAAAUGACUUAUUUAAGGCCUUUGAAUGACAACAACAACAACAACAACAACAACAACAUUAUUAUUAUUAUUAUUAUUAUUAUUAUUAUUAUUAUUAUUAUUGUUGUUGUUGUUAUUAUUAUUAUUAUUAUUAUUAUUAUUAUUAUUAUUAUUAUUAUUAUUUUGCCCUUGUUUCAUUGGUAUAACUGCUGCCAGUAAGUUACCUGACCCUUUAAAAGGUAAAGAUGCAGCAGGUGCAGUAUUUCAAAACCACUCCUCCCAAUUUAAGCUUCAAUUCAUUCAUAGUAAGUGAUGAGUAACUAUUUUAAUAGAAUUUGUUUGGGAGCCGUUGGCAACCAAAUGGCAGCUGAUGGUACACGUGUGGCAAAAAGAACGGGCCUCUGGCGCACACAAAUGCGCGCGCGCAAGAAAGAGAGAGAGAGAGAGAGAGAGAGAGCUUCCUUACACAAUGGCGGAAAAUUAAAGGUAUGUCUGCGAGAAGCUUUGGUUCCUUAUCCGGGGACUGCUUCGCUCGCUGCCAUUGGGCCUCGACGUCACGUGGUCAAAGUAACUUUACAGGGUUGCUCGCUAGUAGGAGGGCUUUAUGGAGCAGAAAAACGCCAAAGCUAGAAAAAUUAUUUCCCACUCCAGAAAUUAAUGAUCAUGAGCUCGUAUUUGAUGGACUCUAACUACAUCGAUCCGAAAUUUCCUCCUUGCGAGGAAUAUUCGCAAAAUAACUACAUCCCCGAGCACAGUCCCGAAUAUUACGGCCGCGCCAGGGACGGCAGCUAUCAGCAUCACCACCAAGAGUUGUACCCUCCGCGGGCAAACUACCAGGAGCGCCAGUACAACUGCGCCAGCAUCCCUGAGCCCGAUGCCCAGAGAGGACAUGGACUACCUCAUUCGGGCCACCUGCUCGGGAAAGGGCAGCCUGUCUCAUGUGAGCCCCCCCAGUUGCCCCUGUCCCCGGCCACUCCACCGGCAGCCUCCUCAGCCUGCAAUCAAGCCACUCCGGAGCAUCCCAACAACACAGCCUCGGCCAAGCAGCCAGUUGUUUACCCAUGGAUGAAGAAAAUUCACGUCAGCACCGUGAACUCUAGUUACAAUGGAGGGGAGCCCAAGCGGUCUAGAACUGCUUACACCCGUCAGCAAGUGUUAGAACUGGAGAAGGAAUUCCACUAUAAUCGCUACUUAACGCGACGAAGACGUAUCGAGAUCGCUCAUUCCCUGGUUCUCUCCGAGAGGCAGAUCAAAAUUUGGUUUCAGAACCGCCGGAUGAAGUGGAAAAAAGAUCACAGGUUACCAAACACCAAAGUCAGAUCCUCAUCCUCCGGCAUGUCCUCCGGCUCCAACACAGGUUCGUCGGCAGGCGCUGUAGCGGCCGCCUCGACCAGUAACAGCAUGGCAGCCACCGAGGAGCUCUCCGGAUCCGAGCGAGAGGAUAUUACGAGGUUAUGAGAGAACUAUUCCACGGAGAGAAGGAAGGGAACAGCUCAAAAUGACUGAUUUAUUUAUAUAACAGGAUAUAUAUUUUUUGCUUUUGUUUUUCCACUUUAUGAUCUUUUCUUUUCUUUUCUUUUUGGUAGGUAUCUUCUUGUGCGCCCAAAGGGUUUGCUUUAAGUCCACAGUUAUAUAAAGUGCAUGUUAUAUAGCAUGGAUUAUUGCGAAUACCUAUUACUUUUAUGCGAAACAGGGUUUUAUUUAUCUACUGACACAGGAUGUUUUUAUCUCCAGAUAAAAGGGGGUUUGGACAAGGCAGUUUAUGGACACUAUAUACAUGUUAUAGAGGGCCUCUCUAUGCCCAGCUGCCAAGGUGAAGUGCACAAAUGUUCUAUUUAUUUCACACACGAGACUGAAUGAAGUCGGUUUUUUUAUACUGUACAUGCAAAAACAAUAUCGACAAUUCCGAUAGAAAACUGACCUUGUUCGUCUUUGUUGAUCUGAGAACAACAUGCUGUGACUUAAGUGUCGUAUGAAAAGGUUAAAAUCUUAAAUUAUCUUUUACUUUUGUUGUGAUGGCGUUGUGUUUAGGCUAUUAAACCAGAUUAUUGUGAGAUGCAAUAAAUCGACUUUAGUGUAUUUGUGAUAAUAUUGGUCAAUAAAAGUAAGUGUCUGUUAGUUUUA